CCGUGCGACGCCUGCACACUUGGUGACCUUCCCAAGUCAUUGGGUGUGUGGGCUGGAGGCUUCUUGAGCUGUUGGUCAGUCACCACAAUGCUUCAAAGCCUUAUUAAAAAUGUUUGGAUCCCCAUGAAGCCCUACUAUACCCAGAUUUACCAGGAGAUUUGGGUAGGAAUGGGUUUGAUGAGCUUCAUCGUCUACAAAAUCAGGUGUGCUGAUAAAAGAAGCAAAGCUCUGAAAGCUUCGAGUCCUGUGCCUGCUCAUGGCCAUCAUUAACCAGACCUACUUGGAGAAUGCAUCAGAUGGGAUGUCAUUCUGGCUGAAAAUCUCAGCAGGCUGCUAGAUGGGGGCAUGGGCGGCUGCCAUGCAUGGGCAGAAGUGCUGCUCCCUUUGUGGUAUGAAUAAAGAUGCCU